AGGCACAGGGAUUUGUAACAAGAUAAUUGGACUCCGAAGUCCCUCUUUUUCUCUCCGUCCCCUUUUCUCCCACCUCUCCCACCCCAUCCCCCCUUCCCCUCCGACGAGUCCAGCCACCAGCACCUCCUCCCUCUCUCGUCGCUCUUUCUUCUAUCUCUCUCGUCGCUCUCUCUCCUCUCUCUCUCUCUCUCUCGUCGCUCUCUCGUCUGUCUCUCUCUUUCUCUUUCGUCGGUUGCUGGUUCUGGGUCGACGCCCGUCGUUUGCAGCUCCGUCAAGGUCUCCUUCGUCCACUACCCGACCCAAAAUUGAUCAAUCUUUUUUCAUGUUUUGGGUUUCUAGUGAAAGCUUACAGAUUUUUCCUUUUCUUUUGUUAAUUUCAAUUUAGGAAUCUAGGGUUUCUGAUUUUAAUUUCAAUUUUUUAGAUUUUAAAAAUAGUUUGGAGUUCACAUGGCGCACAGGUUGCUCAGGAAUGUGGAGGCGGAUGGUUGGGAACGUUCAGACUUUCCCAUCAUCUGCGAGUCAUGCUUGGGCGACAAUCCCUACGUCCGGAUGACACGAGCUGAUUACGACAAGGAGUGCAAGAUUUGCACUCGACCAUUCACCGUUUUCAGGUGGAGACCUGGUCGUGAUGCGCGAUUUAAGAAGUCAGAGAUUUGUCAGACGUGCAGUAAGUUGAAAAAUGUUUGUCAAGUUUGCCUCUUGGAUCUGGAAUACGGCUUGCCAGUUCAGGUUCGAGAUACUGCUCUGGCCAUCGGUUCUAACGAUGCCAUUCCAAAGAGUGAUGUAAAUAGGGAGUUUUUCGCUGAGGAGCAUGACCGAAAGGCUAGAGCUGGUAUAGACUACGAAUCUUCAUACGGAAAGGCACGACCCAGUGACACUAUUCUGAAGCUUCAAAGAACAACACCCUAUUACAAAAGGAACAGAGCACAUGUCUGCAGUUUCUACAUUCGGGGUGAGUGCACAAGAGGUGCUGAGUGUCCUUACAGGCACGAGAUGCCCAUAACUGGGGAGUUGUCACAGCAAAACAUCAAAGAUCGUUACUAUGGAGUCAAUGAUCCAGUGGCAAUGAAGCUGCUUAACAAGGCUGGAGAGAUGCCCUCCCUGGAACCUCCUGAGGAUGAAAGCAUAAGAACUCUAUACGUGGGUGGGCUUGAUGAGAGAAUUUCUGAGCAGGAUUUGAGGGAUCAAUUUUAUGCUCAUGGUGAAAUAGAAUCUGUUAGGAUGGUACUCCAACGAGCAUGUGCUUUUGUAACCUACACAACAAGAGAAGGUGCAGAAAAGGCUGCAGAAGAACUCUCUAAUAAACUGGUAAUAAAGGGUUUGAGAUUGAAGUUAAUGUGGGGUAGACCCCAAGCACCAAAACAGGACUCAGAGGGCACAGCUGAAGCUAGGCAGCAGGCAGUGGCUCAUAGUGGGUUGUUGCCUCGAGCAGUCAUAUCUCAACAGCAGAACCAAUUACAAGACCAACCUGCACCAGUGCACUUUUACAACAUGCCACCUCCACCCUCACAGGAGAGAUCAUUUUAUCCAUCAAUGGAUCCUCAAAGAAUGGGGGCUAUAGUUCCAUCCCAGGAAGGGGCUCCUAGUGGGCCUACAGGGUCGGGCGAGAACAAUUCCGGUGCAGAAAGGCAGCAACGUAGUCAGCAUUAUGCUUUUCAAAACGUGCCUCAACCACAUGGCCAAUAUCGUCAGCAGUUUUAUCCUCCUCCCUACGGGUAUGUGCCUCCUCCAACAGUACCGUACCAGCAAUACCCUCCACAAUAUCAUGCUCGAGUGCCGCCGCCACCAUCCUUGCCAAUGAACCAACAGUACCAGCAUUCAGCAAUACCAGGGCCUGCACACUCAGGUUCUACAUCAUCAGGAUCCGCACCAUCAAGUUCUGGACCAUCGGGGUGCACGCCAUCUGGUUCUGGGUCUGCCCAGACGGGGUCAUCCCAGCAGUGACAUUAUCCUUCUGUUGUUGUCUUUAUACUUAUGUUGUAUGAAGUUGGUUAUUUGAGUCAAAUUACUUGCUUUGUAUUCUGGAUUCAGCAUAGUAAUCAGUAUCUUUCCAGGGUUACUCUUUGUAAGCAAAAAUUCUGCACCUUUUGUAGAUCUUUCCUCUUCUUUUUAAUUUUUCCUGGUUAAGGAUCGUUCUUCUAA